AUGCGGUUGCCUUGUUACCGUAGCAUCAUUUGCUCUAGGCACGAGUAUUUCGUACAAGUUAAAAUAGUCUCCUUGUUCCUGUUGCUCAUGUCGAUUCAUCUUUCUUAUAGUUUACAACCAUUGUACCUAACCUCGAUAUUGAUAAUGUCUUCGCCUGCUUCCCCAGUCAGGGCCACCUUUGCGGACAAGCAAGACACCUUUGCUGCAGCCCUUGGCAGUCUAUUCUCAGGAACACCAGAAGACACAGAAGCCGAUCUAUCGCGGCUGUUAAUACCGACCUCUACUCUUCGCGAAGGCACAGAAGUGCUCAAUUUUGAAACAUUUGUGUCCCAUAUUCGUCACCUUCGGACCAUCCUUCCCAGCGUCGAGCUGACAAGUAUCCAAUUCAUGCGGGACGGCAGCCAGCUCGCCGAGAGGCAUAUUGGCGUCACUACGAUGUCGGAUGGGAGCAAGGCUAGGAGCGAGACGUUUUUGUUUGCUGAGAUUGCGCCAGAUGGUCGGCUUGCUUGGAUUGUCGAGUCGGUUGUGAGAGAUGCUGUGAUCCCCGAUGACCCAAAGGGCGCAUGA